GACGUGACGGUCACGAGUUUAUAUAAACAAUUCAUUUACGGAGCGUCGGAGGGCUUGGAGCCUUGGAAGCGCGACACCAGCCCCAACUCUCAGGCAUCCAGUUCGGGAAGAAGGAACUCAGAGUACACAGAAGCACGACGUCUACUGACGAAAAGAAAAAUAUGACGAUAGAAGAGAAUGAAAAGAAGAUACUGUAGAAGAGACGGAAGACCACAAAGCCCUUCCGUGCGCUGCUGGCUGGGGAUAUGGAUUCAGCGCCUCAGAUCGAUUCUAUUCCCGUUCCUCUCAGCGAAACCGAUGCGCUCCAGCAAGAUGUUGCUGAUCUUCCGGAAGCUGCCACUCUGGAUGACUAUGCGCGCGUGCCCAUCACUGCAUUUUGGGCUGCUAUGCUCCAUGGCAUGGGUUGGGUGGACUGGCAGGGGCUGUUACGAGCUCAGAACGAGCGAAAAAGAAUGCGCUGGUGGAGCCUUACCUGCCGAAUCGCGCCCUGCAUUGUUGGGAAUCGGAGCGAAGUUGUGAUCAACCACCUCAACCUCAUCUGGAAUAGCUUCGUCAAGUUAAAAGCAUAUCCCUCCAACUUUGCGAAUUUCUUCAGCUCUCGAGAGUCACAAAUUCGUUAGGCGAGAUACUCUCUGGACCAACAAGUGGGUCAUCCGCCGAUCGAGAGCGGAGGUGCCCACGUGAAGGAUUGUUCAAGAUCCGUCCGUUUGGCCACCAG